AUGUGCAACUUUAUUAAAAGCAACGUGGAGCAGUGUAAGCUUGCUCGCAACAAAGAGCGAUGCGGCAAGCACGCGAUUAUUAUUGAUCGAGAGGAAAUUAUUGUCGGAGAGACUAAUAUGAUAGAAGAAAUGUCGCCUCAACCAAAUACCCCAGCUAUUGCUGAUGCUGCUCGUACGCCAGCCCCAUUGGCGAUCAAGCCCGUCGAAAUCUCGAAUAUCGAUGUAAGCAAAGUUCCAGAAUUGGAUGAGUCGAUUAUCGCACCGGUGAUCGCGGAUAGCGUGUUCUUCUUCGAGCAGUACAUCGAAACGGACAGCAAUGCGUACUUUGGUGGAUAUCGCUAUUGCUUUUACGUUCAAAAAGGCAACAAAAUCCUAAGACAUUUCUAUUGUAAGAGCGAGCAGAUGAUGAUCAACAUACCAAUCAUGAUUGACGAGCUGGAUGUUGCUCAAAACUGCGUUUCAAAAAAGAUCUACGAUCAUCGUCUAUACGACCUGUGUUGUUUGAUGAAGUGGUCAUGGUUCAAUGAUAACAAUAAUACUUGGAACUUGGCAAGUAUGCUAUACAAGAAACAACACGUCGAUCUUGGUCUGAUGCGUAAAACUUAUUUGUUGUUUAACGAUUGGGAAACGUCUAAUCCAAUUGAAUACAACAAGUGGAAAGCAGAAUAUGAACCGAAGGAGAUCAAGGAAAAUAAAGAAAAGAAAGAUAAGAAAGGUGAUGACGUUACUGUUCCUCAUUUUCCGAAGCUUCAUAUCUACUACGAAACAGGAGAAUUGCCGCCAAUCUUCGAUUACUCUACAAGUUUAUCAAGAACAACAUUGCUUACAUCUUGCAAGGCGGAAAUGGAAACCACUUGA